AUGGCGAUGGCGUUCGCGACCGCCUCCGCCUCCGCCUCGAGCGUCAGUCUCACAGCCUUCUCCCUCCCGCUGCCCCAGUCUCUGCACCGCCCGAGCCCUAGCCACGCCCUCCAUGGCGCGACCAGCUCGUUCCCGCGGCCACGCCGAUGCGGGUGGGGCGCCGUGGUGCGCUGCGCGAAGCGCACGGGGAAGCGGCGGUACCCGUCGGAGAAGAAGCGGCUGAACAGGCGACAACAGGAGCUGCUACGCCAGGCCGCCCCGGAGGAGGGGAGAAAGGGGCGGGAGUCCGGGUACUGGCGGCUCUCGAAGCUCGCCGUCCCCGCCCGCGACGACCCAGGCAAGGACUUCACCGGCAUCUCCCUGCCGCUACUCCAGGCCAUCGCCAAAGCCAUCAAGUUCCCGCCACUUGCACCAUCCCUCAAUGUUCGCGCUAAACCUUCUUUUGAAAUCGGUUCAAUUAUAGUUCUGACGAAUGUAGGUUUGGCACUAAGGUUCCUUCUAUGCUUCCUGAUGAGGCUUUCACUGUCAUCCGCAAGUCAUUCGACGCAUACGAAAGGUUCUUCAUGGGGUGAUAUCAUAUUGGGAUAUGUUUUGAAAGAACCUCAGUUCACUUACAUUGUUGAUAUGGAUGUUAAGAAGAUUCUUGAUAUAGAGCCAAGGGCAUGGGAUUUUAUUGCUCGGUUGGAGCCCAAACUUGGAGCUGUAGAAUACAUGCCUGAAGAGAAGUUAGCAGCUGAUCUGGUCAGCAUGCUCAAUGUUAAUAACAAAGGUUCCAAUAAUGUACUAGGAAUCAGGGAUACUCAUAGUGGUAUGAUUUAUCAUCAACAAAAGAAGCCGAGAGUGGCAGUUAUAGGAAGUGGACCAUCUGGCUUGUUUGCUUCCCUUGUGCUAGGUGAACUUGGUGCAGAAGUUACCUUAUUGGAGCGUGGUCAGCCUGUUGAACAGAGAGGUCGUGACAUUGGUGCGCUAGCAGUUAGGCGAAUCCUACAAUCAGAGAGCAACUUUUGCUUUGGCGAGGGUGGUGCAGGUACAUGGAGUGAUGGGAAGCUGAUGACCAGGAUAGGAAGAAACACUGAUGGUGUUCAGGCUGUUAUGAAAACAUUUGUUCACUUUGGAGCCCCUCCAAACAUUUUAGUUGAUGGUAAACCACACUUGGGUACUGAUAAACUUGUUCCACUGCUGCGAAAUUUCAGGCAUCACUUAAGAGAGUUGGGUGUUACCAUAAGAUUUAAUGCUAGAGUAGAUGACCUUAUAGUGGAAGAUGGGCAGGUAAAAGGAAUUGUGGUCUCUGAUGUGGAAGUACGGCCAGGUUCUGCCAGCCAGAAACUAGCAUUUGAUGCAGUUGUAUUGGCAGUUGGUCACUCAGCUCGUGACACAUAUAGUAUGCUUUGGCAGCAUAAUGUAGACAUGAGCCCAAAAAGUUUUGCUGUUGGCUUAAGAAUUGAGCAUCCCCAAGAACUGAUAAACAGUAUCCAAUACUCCGAACUGGCGGCUGAAGUACAGAGAGGACGUGGGCGGAUACCUGUGGCAGAUUACAAAAUAGCGAAGUCUGUUGGUGAAAGAGACGCAGCAAAUGAAAUUGGCAUAGCUGAGCCAAGUCGUAGUUGCUACUCGUUUUGCAUGUGCCCAGGUGGACAGGUUGUUCCAACCAGCACAAAUCCAUCCGAACUGUGCAUCAAUGGCAUGUCGUUCUCACGGCGUGCAUCAAAGUGGGCAAACUCAGCUCUUGUAGUCACUGUAUCAUCUCAUGAUUUCAAGCCAUUUCAAUCCCAUGGUCCUCUUGCUGGUGUUGAAUUCCAGAGAGAAUUUGAAAGAAGAGCAGCUAUGAUGGGUGGAGGGAAUUUUGUUGUUCCUGCACAGUGUGUCACCGAUUUUAUCAGCAACAGACUGUCAGUUACAACACUGCCACCAUCAAGCUACAGAUUAGGAGUUCGUCCAUCUAAUCUCCAUGAGCUAUUCCCUCCUUACAUAACUGAAGCUUUACAACAGUCAAUAAUAAUGAUUGACAGAGAGAUGCCAGGCUUUGUUUCUAGCAAGGCCCUACUUCAUGGUGUGGAGACUAGGACAAGUUCUCCCUUACAAAUUUCACGACAUGGAGAAACAUACGAAAGUACAUCACUGCGAGGAUUAUAUCCAAUUGGGGAAGGUGCUGGCUAUGCUGGGGGCAUAUUAAGUGCUGCUGUGGAUGGUAUGUAUUGUGGUUUUGCUUUAGCUAAACAACUUUCUCUAUUCCACGGUGAUAUAGAGUCAUUUCUUGGCAAAGCACAAAAACAAACAGGUUUUGUAAAGUAUUGA